AUGAAGGAGUGGGCUAGAGAAACUUUUCCCAACGUGAACCUUGAAAAGGAGGAGGCGCUAAAGGGGCUCGAGAAGAUCCAGCAGGAAAUAGAGGAGAAUGGGAUGAAUGAUCAAGCCUUUGCUCGUGAGGCUGAUGCGAAAACCAGAUACCUCAAGGCGUUGGAGGUAUACGAAAAAUUUUGGGCUGAAAAAGCCCGGAUUAAAUGGAGAUUACAAGGCGACAGAAGUUCAAAAUUUUUCCAUGUAGCGGUGAAGGUCAGAAGACUGAAAAAUACUAUAAGGAGCUUGAAAGCUGGAGACGGGCAGCUCAUUACUGAGAAGGUGCAACUGGAGGAGUUCGUGAAGAGUUACUAUGAGAAUUUUCUCAAGAGAUCCCCUACUGUUGAGCACAUGGAUAUGCUGGAAUGUAUGCCUUCUGUGUUGGCAGACAUAGAUAGAUGGAGAAUGGACUCGUUGCCAUCCAAUGAGGAGAUCAAAAGGGCGAUUUGGGAUCUUGAUCCUGAGAGCUCGCAGGGCCAGGACAGAUUUCCAGGUGUUGAGAAAGUUUGGGUUCUCAGAGAAUUGGAUUUCUUGGUUGUUCCAGUUGCUGGUCUCUACGAAGAUUUCCAUUCUUCUUAA